AUGAACCUACUCCGGGCUGCUCCAUCCUACGAAGAAUGGCACAAAGUAGCAGAGUCACUUGAUGGGAUCUCGGAUCAUGGGGAACAGCUCAAGAUACAGAUAUUGGACCAGUUCGACUUGUACUACGUUGAUCAGCUGACCCGAAGCUUUGAGUGUGGUGUGCAGGGCAACGAUUUUGAUGCUGUCAUUAGGCAUUUGAUCAUUGGCCUGAACUGUCGCAAGGACUAUGCACUCCUGGAGCACUCUGACAUGUUUGUGGCUACCCACACAGGAGAACCACACCAAAUUGUCUCCAACUUUGUUGAGAAGCUUGCUGAAGGUCUAGAAUGGGUCAUCAAUGAAGUCAAGGCUGGCAGCUGUGAUGACCUUCAAAUUGCCAUGGCGCAGCAGUUAUUUGAGAAGGCUGAAGCUAGGUACGGACAGACAGCCUACUGCUUCAGCGGUGGUGCAACCAUGGCCUUUAAGAACCUUGGCAUUGCUUUGGCUAUGCUUGAUAAUGUGCUCAGUGGAUCUAGUGGUGGUUCCAUCUUUGCGUGUGCCCUUGCAGUGAGGACAGAUGACGAAAUCCGUGAUGAGAUCAAAGUGGAGGUGAUGUGCUCUCGGAUUACUUCCCUUUCUCAAACCUUUCUGGAAAGAAUGAUGAUCUUGUUUAGCCAUGGGCAUGUGUUUGACCCUCUUGAGUGGGAAAAGAGCAUUCUCUGGUUUACCAAAGGACACAUGACCUUUGCUGAAGCCUAUGAGAAAAGUGGAAGGGUCUUCAAUGCAUGUGUCACAAGCACAACUGAAAAGGCCAGACCAAUCUUGCUCAACCAUAUCACUGCCCCGGGUGUCACUGUGGCCUCAGCAGUCCUUUGUUCCGUUUGCUGCCCAGGACUUCUCCCUCCUCGCCCAUUGCAGGUCAAGCGACACGAUGGGACGGAUGGAUCUGUCAAGCAAGAUACCCCCAAGGCAGCCUUGGCAGAGAUGUUUGAUUGCCGGUUCUUUGUGAGUGGUCAGACAAACCCCCAUGUUACACCUUUCUGUUUUGAGAGUAGAGUCCUUGGAAAGUGGCGUGGUGGAUUCCUUCUGGCUGCCACAGAGAAGUUGCUGAAGGUUGCAAUGACCCUCCUCAGUCAUCUUAAUCUUCUACCUUGGCAGGCAUCUUCCAUUGUUUUGCAAGAUUAUGAAGGGUGUGUUGUACCAGAGCUUACUUUUGCUGAUUGCUACAACUUCUGUGCUGAACCAACUGUGCCAUUCUAUUCAUGGAUGAUGUUGUGUGGGAAGGUUGCUGCCUAUCCCUUCUGCAAUCGUAUCCGCCAACGGGCCCGCAUUGCAUCUUUGUUGACGACUGGAACGGAGGCCAUGCAGGUGUUUGAUACUGAGGAGAUCCAGGAGAUUGCUGAUAGAGGCCUGGAUCGACCCAGCGCAAGGGGAUCCACCAUUCUGUGCCGACCGGAAAUGGCCCCCUUGGCUGAAGCUGAAGAUGAAGACGAUCUCUGCCUCGGUGACAGUGAGGAUGAAGGUGACAACUCUGAACAUCCCAGCCUUAGCGGCAGCAGUCGCUGUAAUUGCAAGAAGGUUCUUACAAGGAGACAAAGUGUUAUCAUGAGCACGACUCCUGGCCCUGGGUUCAGGAGGACUGCCACAGCUGAUGAUGUCAUGUGCUGGAGUAGACACAGUGACUUGCCCGUGUUGAAGAGCAGUGUGCCUCUCAUGAAAGUUACGGCCGAUGUCCAUGGUCAUGUUGCCGUGGACUGUUGA